AAGGGUGAGGGCUAUAUGCAAGUCCCAAGACUGUCCAUUCGAGCUCUAUGCAUCUAGGAUGCAACAUGAGGAAUCUCUUAUGAUCAAGACUUAUGAGCCGGAACACAAGUGCAUGAGAGUCUUUGAUAACAGCAUGCUCAGUGCUAAGUAUUUAACUAAGCGUUUCAUGGAAAGGAUCAAGCUGAACAGUGGCUGGAAGCCAGAAUCCUUGGCUCAAACUAUGUCUUCAGAAGUUAGAGUAAGGGUCUCCAAUCAGAUGGCUUAUCGAGUAAAGAAAGCAGCCCUUUUGGUGUUGGAGGGAACCAUCAUGGAGCAAUAUGCCAGACUUCGAGAUUAUGCGAAUGAGCUGAAAAGGGUGGACCCUUCUACAACCGUUGACAUAAAAUGUGAUUUCAGCAAGGGAGAGAGCCUUCCAAUCUUCAAGAGGAUGUAUAUCUGUCUUGGAGCUCUAAAAAAUGGAUUUAAAGCGGGAUGUAGGUCUGUGAUUGGGCUAGACGGUUGCCAUUUGAGGUCUGCAUAUGGGGGUUAGCUCUUGACAGCUGUUGGCAUUGAUGCCAACAACACUUCAUGGGUGAUUGCCUACGCAAUGGUGGAGAUGGAAAGCAAAGACUCGUGGAGAUGGUUCCUAGAGCUUCUGUGCAAAGACCUGAGUAUACUUGAGGAUGGAGCAGGUUGGACUUUCAUCAGCGAUAAGCAAAAGGGUUUAAUCCCUGCCUUUGAAGAAGUAGUUCCAUUGGCCAAGAUUAGAUUUUGUGCGCGCCAUAUGUGGACAAAUUUUACGAAGCUGUUUCCGGGAAAGGUACUAAAGGAUCAAAUGUGGAAAUGUGCAAAGUCAACUACACUUCCUUACUUUGCAAAGGAAAUGGAGGAGAUGAAGGCUUUGGAUA